AAGCCUUACGUCAAGAUCAGAUUCCCAUUUUAACCGCUAAAACUAUAAAGAUUACUUUUUUUUAUUUCAGUUUCUCCUUUUCUGUUUCCAUUCUGCAAUUUGCACCUCUCCGUUUUCUGCAUUCACAGCUUCAACACACAGAGAGAGAGAGAGAGAAAGAGAUAGAAAAGAGAGAGAAAGAGGGGUUUCUGUGGGUGGGAGAGGAAGCCUGAGAAUCAAAAGCUCCUCUUUCUUCUUUCAAAUACCCAGAAAGCCUCUCUGAUCUCUCUUUUCUUCAUAAUUUCUGUGCAAUUGCUGAAUCCAUUUCGGUUAUACUUAAUCCGUUUUUUCUUUUCUUUGCAAAUUCACAGCCAUCUUUAUUUAUUUAUUGCUGGAAUUUGUGAUCCUUGGAUUCUGGUUUCUCAGCAUUCUUCUUUUUUAAGUUUCAUAUCUGAAGCUUGUGAUAGAUCUGCUAACCUGAUAACGAUAGAUCCUAUUUGCUUUUUACACUUUACAAUUGUCACAACAACCUAGUUAGUUUUAACCUUUUUCGUAUUCUCCUGUUUCCCAAAGAUUAUUACUGCCAAGAUUUGAUUUUUAGUGGUGUCUUGAAAUCGAAUUCUUGAUACAGUGACAUAUACCCAUCUUCAAAAGAAAUUGGACGAGGCCCACAAUUGAGUUUUGGUGGGCUUCGUCUGAGACAGUAUGAACUCAUUCUUGAUGUAGAUUCGGAGAUCCCUUUUCCUCCUUUUUUAACAAGGAGUGGGUGAAGAAGAGGUUUAUAUUAUAAUUAUAUAUAUAUAUAUAUAUAUACAUUUUCUUUACUAGGCUCAUUUGCUUUCCCGUAUUGGUGGUCUAAGUUUGCUUGACCACCUCCCCUUUAAAUAUUAUCCAUAUUUAUAUAUCUGUGUGUGAUUGGAUUCUAGAUCCUCUUUGCCAUGUUGUUCUUCCUGUUCACCUGCUGCUUCUCUUUCAUCUUCUUCUAUAAGUCACUUGCCAUCAAGCCACUCCCACCAUGGGCUCAUGGGAUGCCGCAGCUGUCUCUCUGUUUUUGGAAAGAUUUUUCAUUUUUGUGGUUGAUCAAGUCGAUUAAGAGCACCAUUUUUGGUGUGAUUUCCUCACUUUUAGCUUCAAGAGUGUCACCUAGGAAGAAGAACUCUAGUUCCAAGGUGGAGACCGUUGAGGUGGCAUGGGAGUUGUCUGUCUUGGACUUGCCUGACCUUGUGUUAGAGACCAUUCUUGAGAAGCUCCCACCGGAGGGGCUUUGCAGGAUGGCAACUGUGUGUGUUUCUUUGAGAGAGAGGUGCAUAAGUGAUCACUUGUGGGAGAAGCACAUGAAAAACAAAUGGUCUAAAAUUGUUGGCCCUUCUGCGUAUAGGGAGUGGCAAUGGUAUAUUGCUACGGGACAAGGUCUGGCCUGUUCGAACCAAGGCAAACAGAAUAGCCUUGCUGGCUAUCUAACUCAUCUAUGGCCAAUCGUGUUGAUCCGGUCCAGUUUUAGCAGUGGUACCAAGAAGAUGAACUUCCCUCCAGUUGAUUCCCUCAUGUCUUGGUAUACCGCGCUCGAGUCUGGCAAGUUUUGGUUCCCUGCGCAAGUCUACAACCGCGAGAAUGGCCAUGUUGGAUUUAUGCUAUCAUGCUAUGAUGCUGAGCUUUCCUAUGAUCAGAAAACCAACACGUUCCAGGCCAGAUAUCCGCCACAUGGAAGGAGAGCAAGUCCAACAGAAAGCGGUAUAACAUGGGAUAGGCUUAGAGCUCCCCCUGUCGACACUUCUCCACAUGAUCUUCAUGAAUCUGAUUGUUUACAUGAGUUAAAGCCUGGGAAUCAUGUUGAAAUUCAAUGGAGAAGAAACAAAGAAUUUCCAUAUGGUUGGUGGUAUGGUGUUGUAGGCCACUUGGAAACAUGUGAUGGGAACCCCAAUUACUGCCACUGUCAUAAAAAUGACACUGUGGUGUUGGAGUUCAACCAGUACAAUCGUGGUUCACGUUGGAGAAUAACAAACGUAGAUAGGAAAAACCAUAGGGAAGAGGGGAAUGAGGCCGAUGGAUUUUAUGGUGGGAUCCGGAAACUCUGCAGCAAUGAAGAGAUAUCGACGUGGAAGAGGAUUUGGCCUACUGAAGUAUUGGAAUAGGAGACCUGAUUUUCAGCACUCGGAUGUGGUUUUUUGCUAAGUAGCACGGUCCAAAACUGGACCAAUUUUUCCCCCCUUCUAUUUCAAAGGAAAUAGUUUGAUCGCAACUGUGCAUAUCACCUCCAUUUGAUUACAGAUAAAUGUCUGAUAAAAGGCCACGACGCUAAGCUUGUUUAGGCUCCUUGUAGGAAGCCUUUAUUUCAUUAGGGACUCAAAUGUGCAUCAAGAUCAUAAACACUGUAGCAUUGGCAAAUGUAAUUUGAAUGGUGUAUAUUAUUCCA